CAUGGUAUUGUGAUUUUUCGCCAUUCGUUGUCCACUUUGAGAAAAAUGAUCGCAAGAAUUUUCCCUCACUUUCUCGAGAAGAAAAUCUCUGCGUCUUUCUCGCCCUUCACCUUCAGAUGCCCAAGCAAAAAGCUCCAAAGAAGCAACUCAAGUCCUAUAAAUUGAAUCACAUCAAUAGGACGAUUCAAGAGGGAGAUGCUGUUUUGAUGCGGUCGUCGGAGCCGGGAAAACCAUCUUACGUGGCGAGAAUUGAGGCAAUCGAGACGGGGGCGCGUGGAUCGCACGCGAGGGUCCGUGUGAGGUGGUAUUACCGGCCGGAGGAAUCAAUCGGAGGGAGGAGACAGUUCCAUGGAGCCAAGGAGGUCUUCCUCUCGGACCACUACGACCUUCAAAGCGCCGAUACGAUCCAGGGCAAGUGUAAGGUCCACAGUUUCAGUAGCUACACCAAACUCGACUCCGUCCGAAACGACGACUUCUUCUGUCGUUUCGAGUACAAUUCCGCCACCGGCGCUUUUAAUCCCGACAGAGUCGCCGUAUUCUGCAAGUGUGAGAUGCCGUACAACCCUGAUGACUUGAUGGUGCAAUGCGAAGAUUGUUCGGAGUGGUUUCAUCCUUCUUGUAUAGGGACGACAAUAGAGGCAGCUAAAAAGCUUGAUCACUUCUACUGCCAAGAGUGUUCCCCAGAACAGCAGGAUUUGGACAACUCUAAUUCAACUUCUAAAAAAUCAGACGAUAAGGUGAAAACAAAACGCAGCUUAGAGGUAACCAAGACGAGGAACAAACAUACCAAACGAUCAGGUUAACAUAAGACCUCUAAGUUCUUUCUCUGGACUGAGUUGAGUAUCAACGUGUAAUCUAUAAAGGUGUUUGUGUUCUUUCCCUUUGUUUUUUUUUACCUGAAGAACGAGGGUUUUAGUUCGUUGGCUUGAUUGGUGACUUUCUUGUGGUAUAAAUAUAAUCUUAUGUAUAGUAUAUGGUUUCAUCUCCUUUAGUUGUCACAAAUUGAGUGAAACGUUUGUUUACAGGUUACUUUUUCUUGAUUAUUCAAAUUUCAUCCAACAACCACGAGAUA